GAAUGACGAGAGUUAGUGUUGCGCGAUUGGCAAGACGUCUACGCAUUCCAUUCCAAGGAGCCAAGGCGCGUAAUGGCGGCGCGUUAAUUCCUGUCCGCGUGGGCGCAACGGCGUCGUUUCUCCAUCGCAACCACAGUGCUUUCUCUUCCUCCGCCUUUUCAUUUCAAUGGACAGGAACAGGAAUAGGAAUAGGAAUAGGGAUAGGGAUAGGGCAAAGGAGGAGUAUGUUUAUCCAAACGCAGUCAACACCGAAUCCUUCGUCUCUGAUGUUUUAUCCUGGGAAGCCUGUUAUGGAAGUUGGAAGCGCCGAUUUCCCCAAUCCUCGUUCUGCGAUGAAUUCUCCACUCGCUAAAUCACUCUUUGCAAUUGAUGGAGUUACUCGUGUUUUCUUUGGAUCCGAUUUCGUCACUGUUACAAAAUCUGAAGAUUCUGCUUGGGAAUUCCUCAAACCUGAAAUCUUUGCAGCGAUUAUGGACUUCUACUCUUCCGGUCAGCCACUCUUUUUAGACUCUCAAGCUGCAUCUGCAAUGGAUACUGCAAUUCACCAAGAUGAUUCCGAAACAGUUGCGAUGAUCAAGGAAUUGUUAGAGACUCGUAUUAGACCAGCUGUGCAAGAUGAUGGUGGGGAUAUUGAAUAUCGAGGUUUUGACCCGGAUUCUGGAAUAGUGAAACUUAAAAUGCAAGGAGCAUGUAGUGGCUGCCCAAGUUCAUCGGUGACUCUGAAAUCAGGCAUCGAAAAUAUGCUGAUGCAUUAUGUACCUGAGGUCAAAGGCGUGGAACAAGAAUUGGAUGCCGAGGACGAGGAAGCAUCAUUAAGUGGGCAAGUGGAGUAGUUAAACUCCUUUUUAUUUAUUUAUUGCAGCCGGCAUUUAGUCUCAUAGAUUUCACAUCCAAUAGAGACCUCGAAGUACAACAGCAGUAAAUGAGGGAAUCAAAGGUGUGAGUGUAAACAAAAAAUAUAUGAAAUAAGUUGUAAGCUGUGAGCUGGAUAUACUGUAGUAUGGCAUGAAAUAAUCGUUCCAAGCUAGUUGGAUCUCACUGACAUAGUAUGUAGGUAGUUUAAACACCAUGCCAUUGACAGAAAGACUGUACCCUCUAUUCGGGGUGCUUAACUAUGAUUCUUGCUCUUUCCUUUAAAUUCAGGUUUUUGGAAAUAUACAAGGCAUUUUUUGCCUAUUGCCUUCUGACACACUUGUAUUGAUAUCGUCAUUUGGUAAUUUGUUUGUGAUUCCAUCCUUUUAGUGUUCAAAUCGAUGUAUGCACUUCUUAAGGAGAACAGUGAAAAGGCACGGAUCAUUGUUGUUUUAUCGCCU